AUGCGUCUCCCCCCUAGGCAGACGCUCCCUUGGAUCGUGUUGCUGUGGACUCUCGUCGAGUGGCUCCCGGAUGCGAGCGCUAUGGGCUGCCUGCAGAGCAUCGCUUGCAAGCCCAAGAGCUUCCGGGACGGCGUGGCGGUGCUGCAGGUGAGCGCGUCCAUCGACUCCAACCCCACCAGCAUCGACGAGUCGUCCGACGUCAUUCUGCGCUACCGCACGCCGCACUUCCGAGCCCAGGCGCUGGUGCUUGUGCCUCCGGUGGCCGCCAACGAGAUGUGGACCGUGGGCUGGAUCCAAGCGUGUAACCACAUGGAGUUCUACAACACCUAUGGAACCAAAGGGAUGUCGAGUUGGGAGCUCCCCGAUCUCCGUAACGGCAGCAUCCGUGCCAUCAGCGACUCGGACGGCGUCAACUACCCCUGGUACGGAAACACCACUGAGACGUACACCCUCGUGGGCCCCACCCGAAAAGACAGCAAGUUCACAGUCAGCAUGAACGACAACUUCAAACCGAGCAUCACGUGGGGCGUGCCGGUUGGCGACGGCAACGUGCCCGAGCUCACUGCCGUCCGCCGCGACCAGAGCUUCACCACUUGGCUAGUGGCCAUCAACCGGAACACGGGCGAGACCCUGAUCCUGCGGACCGUCCGCUGGAGGAUGCGCCUCGGUAUUCGCGUGGACCCCGAAAAGCCCUUAGGUCAGCGUGCGGUCCUACUGGAACCUUCCGCCCAGGAACAGCCGCAGAUCCAGAGCGAGAACGAGAGCAUCCCGGCCAACGCCAUGCUCAAGCCCAAUGCAAACGACGCCCAAAUGCUCAUGUGGCGCCCUCACGAGGGAGACCCCGUGGUGGUCAUCCCACCCAGAUAUUGA